AUGCUCUUCACCAACUAUCUCAUCCUCGCCGGCGCAGCACUUGCUGCAGCUGUACCAUCGGAGCUAGCCGGGCCGAAACCAAACCAAUUCACAAUUACGAACUUCGUCUUUGGAUGCACAGUUGGCUGUGAUUGGAGCUUCAACGUUGCUGUGCAAGGAUCUGGGCCCGACCAUCCGCCUGUCAAGAAGCCAGUGAAAUGCUCCGGUAACGUGAAUGACGCCAAAGACUACGUCGACUGCGGCAAAAUCAGUGAUACCCAGAGAAUCAAAGCCUACAUCGUCAAGGCCACGAAUCAGCUCAAGCUUGAGUACGAGGUGCAGAAGCCGAAUCAUGGUGCCGUGUACCGAUACACGGGCGAGAAGAAGGUAUAUGCCGCCACAGGUGAACACGCGAAGUUACAGAAGCCCAACUUCGUCGUGAAGGAGACCGGCUCGACAGGUGUCGCCUAG